UGAAGAGAACAGCACAAUCUAAAAGGCUAAUUUGCCUUUACACAAAAGUGACACAGAGAAAGACAAUGAAAAAAAAAGUGUGUGAUGAAGGAAUUCUGACACCGUAGAAGACGACUUUAUUGGUUUUAGUUCCCAGGAGAAGGAUGAAGACGGCAAUGAAUGACUUUUUUGGUCUGUGUGAAUCCAGAAGGGAACAUGAUGAAUCAUACGUGUGCAGCUGAGUCAUUGUCUUCUGACAAGAAGGUGCGAGCGUCAGCCUACAGCUCUGAGCUCAGGAGUUUUGGUAACCUGAUGGAGGUUUGGGUGGCUGAACAAAGACCCAGCCAUGAGCAAGAAUAUGUGGAGGAUACUCCUGGUGACUUACCCACACAUUUGUCAGCGUCAUCUUCUUUUUUGGAGAAAGCUGUACGAGCCGAAUCUGUGGACUCCGGAGUGGAGACGGCAAGCACCGGCACGUCAUGUCACACUCUGUCUGAGAUGGACUUGUUGGAAUCAACUGACAGCUACACAGCACCUUCAUCAUUUGGAUCUGCUUCACUGCCAUCUUCCUCUCCACCUCCUGUUUCCUUCCUACCAUUGAGUUCAAACGGAGCCUUUGGAUCCUCAGUCUUUAACCCAAGACUUGAGCGAGCCCUUCAGAGGUCCGAAUCCAGGCGACAGAGCGAAAACCUUGCAGCUGACCAACUACUAAAACGCCACAGACACUCCGCGGUGAGGUCCGAGAGUUUUGGCUUACGAACGACCCCAGCAUCAGUAUCAGCAUGGCAGAUAUCCCAGAUGAGAAACCGGACUUUGCCUUUAAGCGGUGACAAGAAGCAGGGUCUAAGUGAGGCAAAGUCCGUAGGCCUGAGUCCUGGGUUCAUCUACUUAGACCAUGUGUGCCAAAUGUUGGAGGACAUUGCCAAAAAUCUGCUCUACAGUCAAAACCACCAGAUGGGCAUGGAGGUCCUGCCGGAAGACCAGGACGAGAUGCCUUCCAGCCAGGACCAGAAGCAGCUUUUCAGUGAUGACAAGCAAUUCAAGGAAUAUCCUUAUGGACUUUUUCGGCAGAGAUCGGCAUCAGACACCACUCUAUCAUCACGUCAUCUACGAAAGUUAAAUUUCGCCACCAGGGGGCAGCAACUUGACCUAUUGGACCAGGAAGAGGACAAUAAAAAACAGGAGGAAACGCAUAAAAGCACCAUGAAGAACUGGAAGACAAACGUUGGCAGCCUAAAAAGAAAUUUCGCCCUGAAAGACAAAAACAGCCAAACCGUGGAUCCUUCUGACAAAAGCUCCACCCGGCGAAAUCUGAGCCAACUAUUUCGGAGGAGGAGGAAGACUCUGCCUAUUUCUACCGCACACUGACACGGAAGGAAAAACAGGUUUAAUUUGACUAGAUUUGACUUGACUCCGGAAGACAGUGUACAUACUGUCAUUUAUUGCCGUACUUAUACAGUAUUUUCUUUUUUCAUAGCAUCUUCCUCUAUGAAUAAUAAUUAGAUGUAUAUUACAGUACAUGUAAAAACAUGCACAAUUAAGAGAAGUAUAUUUUAUUUUGUUUUAUGUAUAUUUGCAACUUACAACAGCAGCGUACAAAUAUGUUUGUAUUUUUUCCUCCUACUUACUGUUUACAUUAUGUCGUCUGUUAUGACACUGUGACCAGUAUAUGAAUAAACUAUACAUAAAAUGCA